AUGGAAGGCUACGUUAUAUCGUCUUUGUUUUUGGUGCUUGUGUUUUUUUUGAGGCUUCUUCAUAGAUUUUUCCAGUUUUCCAGAAACAACGAGGAGCUCAGGCAGACUGUGAAGCAGAAGUACCAGGCUCGCUUGGAUGAGCUAACGGAUUCAUAUUCCAGCUUGGUCUCGAUUAAUGAGAGAACAGAUCUGUUAAUUGCUCAGAAAGGGGAAGAGAUUCUCAAAUUGACUGAGCAGUUCAAGCUCAAAAAAUCGCUAUUGAACAGACUUCAGAAACAAUUUGACGAAAUUGAGAAGGAGAUUUUGGAAUUGAGCCAAAACUUUAAAAGUAUAAUUAACGACGAGAAUUUUUCAGUUAAAUUAAAGGAACAAUUCAAAUUAAAAAAGAAAUUGGAAGGGAAAAUUGAAAAAUUGAGCUACGAAAACGAAAAAUUUAAUUUUGAAAACAGUAAUCUUAAUCAAAAAAUACAAGAUAAUUUGAAUGAUUUUGAUAAAUUGUAUGAAACUAAUAACAAGAAAUUGAUUUUAAGUAAUUUGAGUAAUAACAUAAAUGAUGAUUUGAUAAAUAUUGAUCAGCUUAAUAAAAAUUGUAUUAGUCAAAAUCAUUUCUUUUUUGAUCUUGUUUUAAAUUUUAGAAAAAUAUAUAAUCAGGCAUUGGUUGAGCCUGAUGUUUUAAUAAGUUAUAACCUAGAUUUUGUUUAUAAGUUUAACAAAAUCACUGAUCUGAUUAUCAAAAUGAAAUAUCACUUCUCAACUGAAUUUUUAAAAAUUAAAAACAAAAUAACUGAUAUAAUUUUUUCAUAUCAUAAACAUUUAAAUCAUGAAUUUGAGUCCAAAUCAAAUGCUAAAAUUAUUGCCAAGCAAAAGGAAUUAGAAACAUUAAUUAAUAAUUACAAUUUUCUACUUUCAGAGAGAAAUGAACAAAUUGCUAUUUUAGAGAAUAAAAUUAAAAUUAAAAAGAAGGAGCUAUCAAAGAAGAAACCACUUGAAAUCAAAAAUCAGAUACAUAGGAAGAAAGAUAAAGAUAAGGAUAAAGACAAAUUAGUUGAAAAUCAAAAACAUAAAGUUCCUAGUGAAGAUCAUGUCAAACUGGAAAGUUUUUCAAAUGAGAUACUUGCUGUAUCUAAAAUUAAAAAUGAUUUUAGUUCCAAGAGAAUCAAAGUUGCAGGAGGUUUUCUUGAAUUUGGAAAACCUCAAAAUCCUAAAACAAUUAAAUUAUUAAACAAGUUGGCUUCAUAA